CUCAACCCGUUCAAAUUUGUUGUCGGCUCCGUCUUUGUUUACAAAUCGCUCAGUCCGACAAUCGGUACGUUAGUAAGCGGAACGGCGCGUCACCACAAUUCGGACGAAGUGCCUUCACAGCUUUAUUUAUAGUGCAAAUUUUCCUUGACAGUGAUCGAAGAUGAAUCACGCCGUUUCAUCUCAUAACGAGUUAAAGUUCUUGCAUUCGUAAAUUAUGAUUGUUAGGUGAUUGUUGCGUGUUUCGUUCUUAAUUGGUGGUGAAAUGACUGUGACGUACACCGCACAAGUUGCCACCUGCAAGGGCUUAGGAUGCUUCUUAAAAUUAUUGAGGAGAUGGAGAGGCAGCAUUUACAAGCUAGUAUGGAAGGACUUAAUAAUUUAUUUACUCUUAUACUAUAUCCUCAACAUAAUUUACAGACUGGUUUUAAACAGUCAUUGGCAAAGGGUUUUCGAAAGCGUUCAACAGUAUUGCGAACACUACAGUUCCUUAAUUCCCAUAUCUUUCGUGUUAGGUUUCUAUGUUUCAGUCGUGAUGACGAGGUGGUGGAACCAAUACACUGCCAUUCCUUUUCCUGAUACCCUCGCUGUUUUUGUCAGCGCCACAAUUCACGGCCAGGAUGAAAGAGGAAGGGUGAUGCGCAGGACGAUUCUGCGUUACGUCUGCCUCUGCGUUACGAUGACUUUCACGAUGAUUUCACCGAGGGUGAAGAAACGAUUUCCGUCGCUGGAACAUUUCGUGGACGCUGGCAUUUUACAACCCAGCGAGCUGCACGUCAUCAAAGAUCUCAACGAAAAGUUUCCCAACUAUUCGAAGCACUGGUUGCCAAUAGUUUGGGCAUCGAGUAUAGUAACAAGGGCAAGAAAAGAAGGCCGUAUCCGCGAUGACUUCGCCGUAAAAACGAUACUGGACGAACUUAACAAGUUCAGGGGUCAGUGUGGGCAGUUGCUAGCUUAUGACAACAUUAGCGUCCCCCUCGUAUACACCCAGGUGGUCACAAUAGCAGUAUACACAUACUUUCUUACAACUCUAAUGGGCCAUCAAUGGGUUUCAUCCACAAAAUACAGAUUCGACCUCUACUUUCCAGUGUUCUCGUGCCUGCAGUUCUUUUUCUAUGUCGGAUGGCUCAAAGUGGCCGAAUCACUCAUCAACCCAUUCGGCGACGAUGACGACGACUUUGAGGUCAACUGGAUGGUCGACAGAAACCUACAGGUCUCGUACUUGAUUGUGGACGAGAUGCACCACGAGCACCCUGAGCUGAUUAAAGACCAGUACUGGGAUGAGGUGUUCCCCCAGGAACUACCCUACACUGCAGAAUCGGAACCGUUCCGCGACUCCCAUCCCCUGCCUUCAACCGCAAACAUAGCCGUCGUACCUAAUGACGCCGACUUCACACCCUCGUCCCUGAAAAUCGACGGGAUGCAGUCGUACGCCGACAUGAAGAGCGAUCCGAUAAUGUUCUCGGCACAGCCGAGAAAAGGAUCUCAGAACUCGAUAUUCGGAUCGUCGGUGCCGGAUUCUAUGCCGCGCAUAAACUCGAUCUCAAGCAUAGCGAAACUGAAGAGGAUGUUCAGCAAAGAAGACAAGGACAAGCAGCAGGCCGCAUCAUCCGCCGGUUCUGGGCGACGGCCCAGCACUGACGCAAGCGAAACGGUCAACUUGGUACCGUUGAACGUGCCCAAAUCGCUCGCCGGCGAAGUUAUAGAGGAGGUGGACGAACAACAAACGAUAACGUCACAGCGUUCGGCUCAGGAGGCCAGACCAUCGGUCAUGAACGUCUUUGGUCCGCCACCACCAUCCAAUCCCAUCGACGUACCUCUCGCGAAAAGCAUGGGUGACAUGAAAAGGAAUCACGACGAAGAAGUGUACGAGCCGUAUCCAUUGUCCAGAUCAGCACCAGCCGACAACGAAGCCAACGAUGACCAACCGGACACCGUGAGCAUUGGGGGUUCCGAAACCGACUCCGACGACGAUUUCAGCAAGUUGAAACAAAAGCGAGGCGAAGAAAGAAUGAGUCGAACGAAAAGCUUGAGGGAUUAUUUACGAGAUACAGUAUAGAUUGAGGCUGAACCUAACAAGAUCUGUAAGUACAAAAAUGGACGAAUCAGAUCCGCUAAUCAACCGCAGAUCCUUCGGUCCAACCACACCCACAUCGGACAGUUAAUGAACGUACUUUUUAGAUAUUACUCGAAAGUAUUAGUAGAUUUAGGCAUUAACUCAAAACAAUAUUUAUUUAAUUUUGUAUUGUCUUUUUUACAUGGACGAUAUUCUUUCAAAUCAAUCGAGAAGUGCGAUAUUAAUAAAACAAUAACUUUUAUACAUUUUCCUAUUGAUUUGAAUAAUUAGAACUUGGCACUUGGCACAACUCUAAACAAUAUUUAUUUUAUUUUUGUAUUGUCGUUAUGGGGAGACAAUUUUCCUUUAAGUUAAUCGAGAACAGCUUAAUAAAUAAGACAAUAACUUGCAUAUCUUUUUCUAUAAAUGUGAAUAAUUGUAUUUGGCACAUUUCAUUUAUUCAUAUAUAAAAAUUAGGUAUUCUUUUUGUGAUUUGUUUCUUUGUUUUGUUGUCUUAAUCAACGUGAAUUUAUGUGAUAUUUUAAAUUAUUAUUGGUGAUAUGUAUAAAUUCCAUUCGUUUUAGAUAUACCAUAUCUACACUGUUUUUUAUACUCACAAACAUGUUAACUCUUAAGACAAUAAAAUGUUUCUAGAUUAAGGAAAUUUUGUAUUUGUAUAUAGGGUACUUAACGUUCAAGAUAAUUGAUAUUACAUUGCUGUUUACAUUUGAAUACCAUUAGUAUUUUUGUGCCUUUAGGAAAUGUUUGAUUAUUUAGCAACCAUUUUAUAUCAUAACUAUUUCAAUAAAUCGAUUUGAAAAGAUUA